GCACUUUCCGCCACUUUCCAAUCUGAAAAGAAAAAGUCUCGAAUCGCCUGGAAUUUUCACUGAAUUUCUCUAUAUAAAGGGAACUUCUCCAAGUUCUACGGAAUCUCUUCUGUAAUUUAUCUGCAAGAAAAUCUAAGGUAGUUAAGUUGGCACAAAGAAACCAUGGCUAAAGAGGGGCCUAACUGGGAUGGGUUGCUGAAAUGGAGCAUUGCUAACUCUGAUGGAACUCGUCCUCCUCGUAAUUUAAGCGAGGAAGAUAGAAAAUGGUUUAUGGAAGCAAUGCAGUCGCAGACCGUUGAUGUGAUUCAGCGGAUGAAAGAGAUAACUUUGGUUAUGAAAACUCCGGAGCAAGAAUUGGAAGCUCAAGGAGUUACGGCUACUGAUAUUGAAGAUAUGUUGAAUGAGUUGCAAGAGCAUGUUGAGUCUAUUGACAUGGCCAAUGAUCUUCACUCAAUUGGUGGUUUGGUCCCUCUCCUUGGUUAUUUGAAGAAUUCGCAUGCCAAUGUUCGAGCAAAAGCUGCAGAAGUUGUAUCUACCGUUGUACAGAACAAUCCCCGGAGUCAACAGUUGGUUAUGGAAGCAAAUGGCUUAGAGCCUCUUCUUUCCAAUUUUUCCUCCGACCCUGAUGUAACUGUUCGAACCAAAGCACUUUAUGCCAUAUCCUCCUUGAUUCGCCACAACAAACCCGGUAUUGUGGCAUUUCGACUCGCAAAUGGAUAUGCAGCCUUGAGAGAUGCUUUGGGAACAGAGAAUGUAAGAUUUCAAAGGAAAGCUUUGAACUUGAUUCAAUACCUACUGCAUGAAAAUCAAUCAGAUUGCAAUGUCGUAAGCGAUCUAGGGUUUCCCCGUAUAAUGUUGCAUCUUGCCAACAGUGAGGAUGCAGAAGUGAGAGAAGCUUCUCUCCGUGGUCUCCUUGUGCUUGCCGGGGACAAGACAGGCGGGAAUAGUGGUGGUCUAGGUGAAGACGAUGAGAAGCUGAAGCAAAUUCUUGAAGAGCAAAUUAAGGGUAUCAGCUUGAUGUCUGCUGAAGACCUAGGUGCUGCAAGGGAGGAGAGGCUGCUUGUGGACUCCCUUUGGAGUACAUGUUAUAAGGAGCCUUCUUCCCUUAGAGAGAAGGGACUUUUAGCACUUCCUGGUGAAGAUGACCCCCAACCUGAUGUUGCCAGCCAGCAUUUUGAGCCUCCUCUCAGAGGUUGGGCUCGUACCGCUGAUUCGAACUCCCGUGUGAAAAAGCAAGAUGCUCCUCUUUUAUUAGGACCGAGCCCUCCAAAUUGAUGGCUAGCGAUCAUAUCCUGAUAAAAUUAGCACUAGAUGUGUUUAUUUUGGCCUGUUUUUCCUCCUGGUGCUUACUGCUAUAUUGAAUAUACCAUCGAUUUUGGAUCCGAUUAACCUGCAUCCACGCAUUAUGUU